CUCCAAUUACCAGAUCCAUAGGUCAAGUAAUCCAAUAAAGCAAUAACUUCAGAAGCAUUCUCUCAGUCACUUCAUUCUCUGGCUGGGGCUCUGGGAAGCAGCACAUCACUAUAGAAAGUCAGGUGUGAGGCGGCUCCCUGGAGUCACGAUGACUGAGCGGUUCGACUGCCACUACUGCAAAGAGUCCCUGUUUGGGAAGAAGUACAUCCUUCGGGAGGAGAACCCUUACUGUGUCAAGUGCUAUGAGAGUCUCUACUCCAACGCCUGUGAGGAAUGCAAGAAACCCAUCGGCUGCAACAGCAAAGAUCUCUCUUACAAGGACCGUCACUGGCAUGAAGACUGCUUCCAUUGCUUUCAGUGCAAGCGCUCCCUGGUGGACAAACCCUUCUCUGCCAAGGAUGAGCUCCUGCUGUGUACUGAGUGCUAUUCCAAUGAGUACUCCUCCAAAUGCCAUGAAUGCAAGAAAACCAUCAUGCCAGGCACUCGAAAGAUGGAGCACAAAGGCAAUAGCUGGCAUGAGACAUGCUUCACCUGCCAUCGUUGCCAACAGCCCAUAGGAACCAAAAGCUUCAUUCCCAAGGAUGCGCAUAAUUACUGCGUGCCCUGUUAUGAGAAGCAGUUUGCCAUGCAGUGUGUGCAGUGCAAGAAGCCCAUCACCUCCGGAGGAGUGACUUACCAUGAGCAGCCCUGGCACAAAGAUUGCUUCUUGUGCACUGGAUGCAAGAAGCAGCUGUCUGGACAACGUUUCACAUCUCGGGAUGACUUUGCUUACUGCCUGAACUGCUUCUGUAAUCUGUAUGCCAAGAAGUGUGCUGGAUGCACAAAUCCAAUCAGUGGACUUGGAGGAAGCAAGUAUAUUUCCUUUGAAGAACGCCAGUGGCACAAUGAUUGCUUCAACUGCAAGAAAUGUUCUGUCUCCUUAGUAGGCCGAGGGUUCCUCACUGAGAGAGAUGACAUCUUGUGCCCUGAAUGUGGCAAAGACAUCUGAAGGCAAUCUGGAAGAUUACUCUAAAAAAACAUUAUAGAAAGAUUACUCUAAAAGAAUUAUAGAAAGAAUUCUACAGUAUUAAUACUUUGAUAAUUGGUUUGAAUAUCAAUAGUAUGUAUAACUCAAAUAAAAUUGAGCUCUGAUGUAAUGACACACAAGGAGCUUUUGCAUGCAUUUGAUGUGUAAGCAUGAAAAAGUAACUAAAUAAUGCUCAUAGAAAAAUCUUGAAUAUUAAACUAUAUAAACUAUUAUUCCUAGUGCCUUAAAGUAUGCCUACAAUGAUUAUGAACAUUAUACUCAAAGAACACAAUUUCUACUGAUAAUAUUAAAAGCUAAGCUAACUCUUAGGUUUUAGUUCAUGUGAAUUAACAUACAUAUAACUAACAACAAAAUACAGGAGUCGUUAAAGUAUAUAGGGUUGAGGAGCUAUUUUGAUGAUAAACUGACAAUGUUUUGAAUGGCUUUAAAGUUGUCUCUACAUUUUCCUUGUAUUUCCAUUAAAUGCCUUAAAACUGC